UGGAAACAAAAAUGCCCAAGGCAUCUAAAAAAUCCAAGAUACCCGAGGGGUUUGACAAGAUUGAACCAACUUUGAAUAAGCUAUUGGCAAAGCUCAAGGAGUCACAGGCAAAAUCAUUGAAAACCACUAAUAAAAAUGAAUCUUUAUGGCCCAUUUAUCAAAUAAAUCAUCAAAUAUCAAGAUACGUUUAUUCACUAUACUAUGAACGUAAGACCAUACUGAGUGAGUUGUAUCAAUAUCUAUUGAAGCAGAAGUACGUGAAUAAGGAUUUGAUUGCCAAAUGGAAAAAACAAGGAUACGAGAAGUUAUGUUGUAUAAAUUGUAUUAUAGUUAACGAGAAGAAUCAUGAGAAUACUUGUAUUUGCCGAGUACCUAGAAAACAAUUAGAAGACGAUGGCAAAGAUUUCGAUAGAUGUAUAACAUGUGGCUGUAAAGGGUGUUCUAGCAUUGACUAA